AUGGCCACCAACCACAGGGUCGCGUCGGUCGUCAUCAAGGUUUCGACCCAAAAAGAGGUCGAUCCUUCCUUGCAUGACAGUUUUAUCCCCUCGGAAGGGUUUUCACUGAUUGACGCGCCCAGCUUUCUGAAGGUGGUGCGAAAGGCAGACCUUCUGCUUUUCAGUUUGAAGAUGAAGAAUGAGUGCCGCAUGUUCCGUGUGCAAUUCGGGGGGGACUCCAGGGAGCAGGCAGUGGAGCAGUGUGGGAGCGCCGUGCUCACUCUACAGCAGUAUGUAACAGUGAAGAGCCAGGACAUGGGGCAACCAACACAAGGGACAGAUUUAGCCGGGGGAGUUGGGUCAACCUCAGGAGUCAAAGAUUCAGAGGGCAGAUUACCAAUCAAGCGUCUUGCACAGUCCUUGCUGGGAGAGUCGAAGCUCUCCCUGCCGCUGGCCUAUCGGCACUCCAUCCUCCCGAGCGAGGACCUGGGCCCAUUCCUCCGGCUGUGCCUCCUGGAUCAGAGCUUUCCAGCCUUUGUGGAGCAGGUGGAGAAGGAGCUCCGCAAGAUAGCAAAGGAGUGAGGGGCCUGGAGCAGACUCCUGCAGAAAAUCAUCCAACCUCACUAGAGGUAUUGCUAUGUAUUUGACAAACUCAGCAAACCUGGAGUCUAUGUACAACACUUACAU